CUGAGGAACAAAUAUGGCGCUGCCCAUGUUCAGAGGUUGUUGUCGGUUGCCAGUGACUUCUAGUAUUAAUCGUUUAUUCCUUCAGGAGCGGUUCUCCGUUAGUCUAGCCGGCAGGACCCGGCUCCUGCCCUUUUUAGCUCCGGGUGUCGUAGCGGCGGCGGCUGCGGUCCGUCCGUACAGCUCCGACCAACAAAAACAAAAACAGAAUGUGGUCGUGGUCGGCAUCCCGAACCCUUUCAUCUGGUUCCGCACCAGGAUUUACUAUUUUCUGAUCAGGGCUUACUUCGAUAAGGAGUUCACCAUUGAGGAGUUCACGGAGGGAGCCAAACAGGCCUUCUCUCAUGUCUCCAGACUGCUGUCACGGUGUCAGUUCGAAGCCCUCGAGGGGCUCGUUGCUAAAGAUCUGAUUGGAAAGCUAGAGGAAAAGUGCAACUUGUUGCCUUUGAACCAUAAGAAAGCCCUGUCUGCAGAACCAGAUGAGAUUAUGUAUACAACGCCUGGAGACGUGGGCAUUUACUAUGACGAUAACGGGAGAAAGUUUGUGAGUAUUCUGAUGCGGUUUUGGUAUCUGACAAAUGCACAUCUUCCUGAGGACACUGUAGAGGGAGCUCGGAUCUUCCAAAUAGCCAUCGGGGAGGGAGAAGCAGAAACAAAGAGACUGCUGACGGCAAACUAUGAGUUUCAAAGGGAAUUCACUAAAGGAGUGGCACCAGACUGGACCAUUACGAGGAUAGAACACUCCAAACUUUUGGAUUAAGCACAGUUUGGAUUUCAGAUGCAUUGUACCAGUGAAAACUACUCAAAAACUAAAGGAAAGCCAGGCACAGCUCCGGUUUCACCUUGAGACCAGAAGAAAAUGCCUUGGAUACAUUCAUUGUUCACUCUAAAAGACAUUUGAGCUGCACUCAUUUGUUCCCCCUCCUCCAAAAAAAUUACUGAUGUCCAAGAAACUAAUAAAGGACUUGUUGUGUA